CAAAGGGAUCAGAUCAGCUUUGUAAACUCUCCAGAUGAGAGGUGAGAAAAGUCCCAGAGAGAGAUUUUAGGAGUGAUAAACAUCACACACCAUACAUCUUCUUUGCUGAGUCUGGCAAAGGGCAGCUAACUGUAUUCCGGAACUGGUGAUUGCCGUGUUCAAUACGAAGAGCUCUGUGGCAGUGAUGUCAGACGCUGGACUCCUCCUGCAGAAAUUCCUCCGGGGACAUCCCAGAGUUUUUGGGAACAAAUUCUUUUGGAAUGACAAGAUGCUUCUCUCCUAUCUGCAGGCCCUUCUGAUGGUGAUUGGGCUGAUCCAGGUGGCCUUUGGAGUUGUUUUGUAUAUCUACCCUUGUGUCCCCAGGGAUGAGCUGGGAACCCAUUUCUAUUCAGCUGCACUGUUGAUUUUCGCAGGCAUCCUCACCCUUGCCGCAGACAAAACCAACAGCCUGGGACUGGUGAAAGCCUGCCUUACCAUCUAUGUAAUCAGUACAAUAGUAGUGGCUGUGAUCAACGUUUUCUACUGGAUAGAUCUAAUAUACUCUCCUCGGAACCGGGACAUCAAAUGUUCUUGGAGUGAUCCUUUGUGUCAAAUGCUACAUCAAAUUGCAACUUGUUGUACAGGCAUGCGUGGGAUUGUCCUAGUUUUAACCUCCUUAGGAUUCUUUAUUGGUAUCUCUAUGGCGGCCUUCGGAUGCAAAGCUGUGUGUCGUCAAAGCACAGACAACGAUGAUGUGCCCAUUACAGCAGCAUCAAGAGAUUUUCCUAGUUCCACAGAAGUAAACCGAGAACCUGAACUGUAACUCUGGCUAGUGAGCCUGAAUCAAGAGCCCCUGGAGAAUUGUUAUAACAGCUGUCCCAACAAGUGACUUUUUUGUCCACCUAUGGAAAAUAUACUGGAUUUUUGCCCUUCUGCCCUCUUCUCUCUACCUGCUGUUUCCCAAACACCUGGAUAUGAGAACAGUGGAUUGUAUUAUUUUGUAUGUUGAUCACUUACCUAGGUCCUCCAGUGUAAUUCUGCCAGAAGUUGACCAUAGAGUUGUGCUGGAGAACCUAAAGGUUGCUAGAGAAAACACUUUUCUAGGCAUUUAUAAGUCUUCCAGCAUGAUUCUAUGAUCAAUGUCUGUCAGAUGUUGACCAUAGAGUUGCACUGGAGGACGUAGAGAUUGCUAGUGAGGUGUUCUUAGGUUAAAAGAAUAGGUUUUUUUAAAAAAAUGAGGAUUUCAGCAUUCACAGGGGUCCUUCAUCCCUAACCCCGGUGAAUGUGGGGGGAACCACUGUAUUUUUCUGCCCCAUGUUUUUUUUCUUAGUAUUGUCUAUGCCACUGGUGACAUGCAGUCUGAACUGAUGCGGCUGCAGAAUGCAGCCUUCUAACCCAUGUUUAGACCUGCAACUGCUGGUACUCUGAGCUAAAACCCUGUAAUAUAAUACACUGCAGGGAGAAAUCUGGCCUUGUGUCCUCAAGAUUCCUGUUGUGGAAAAUAGCUCUCCCCCAAAAGAGCUACUAGGAUGGCUCUGUGAGUACAUUGCUGUUGCUCAUGUGUUGGUGAAACAUCUGAAACAAAGUGAAGAUAAUAACAGAACCCAGUAUUCUGAAGGUAAUUUACAGUUCUAUGUAUAAAGAGGCUUUUUGACACCUUAAAGACUGAGAAAUUUGUUGUAGCAUAAACUUCCAGUGCCUUUAAAAAAAAACCCAACUUCUGAAUUAAAAUAAAUUAACAGCUUCAACUCCAUCACCCGUGGUUUGACAGGGGACCUUUUUAUUUUUCAUCAGCAUAUUAAUCCCACUACAUUUAUGUUUGUCACACAACAACUGUUUUGUGAAUGCGCCCCACCCCCCUUAGUAAAAUAAUGAUCACUGGCUGUACUUUCUUCUGACCUUACUAUUCCCACCCCCAACUAUGGGUAUGGAAAUCUGCCACACUGAUAAUAAUGUUUCAUGCAUCUGAUGAAAUAGACUUGCCAUGAUCAAGUGGUGUAACGGUGCAUGCUUCCUGAUUGUAAUAAAGCAGGGUUCCCCUAAAACCCUUGCUUAAUGCAAUGUGUUAUGUUGCAGGAAAAACAAUCAAGAAUUUUGCAACAUUUUAAUAGAAAUGAAUUGAUUGCCAAAAUGAAGUUGCUUAUGUAAUUUUUUUAAUGGUCACGAUCCUGAAGGAUCCUUGGUAGCAUUUAAACAGGUUGGUUGGGAUUUGUAAACUUCUUGGGACCUGGACUUUAGAGGGCCAGGUCCUCUUUGAACCCCGAAGGUUGAAACACAUUGCAAAAUAAAUGUUGGUAUCUCAGCAAACCAGAGAUGGCUAUAAUGUCUGUUGCCAAAUUUAGGAAGGGAGCUGUCAUCAUGUCUCUUGCCCCAGAUCCAGUAACAUCUAUCCUCAGCCCUCCUUUGAAACACUUGCUGUUUAAAAAGAAUACCCCAGUUUUGUUCCUUUUGUUUUGAGGUUUGACACAGAGGAAACCACAGCAUUGCAUGGAAAGUAUAAAUAUACUUCUGAUAGGAAUUUUGCUAGCUCUCAUACUGAAGCUAUCUUUCAUAUUAUGUCAAACUGGGCUAAAACCGACAGCCCACUAAAAUCCUUAUUACUGAAAUGUAGUUCAAGACAUGUUUGUUUAGAAACAACUCUCACCAAAUUGAAUGGGAAUUAUAUGUGUAUAGGGGUGGAUCCAUGUUGCUCUGUCCCUAUGCUUGCUUACUUCUGGGCUGAUAUGACUUUUUUGAUUUAAUUUCUCCUCCAGUCCUCUAGAUUACAAAGUGUAAUGGUCUCUCUUUCUCUAAUAUUGAACUACCAGUGAAUAUAAUGAGCAACAGAUAGUCACUUUCUAUCAGAAGUUCAAACUUCACAAAACAACAGCUAAUUAAGAGCCUAUUAUCCUAUGAAGGGAAAGCAACAAUGAGUCUUGUGUCCCCAAAAGGCUGAGCAACAAUGUUGAGUAGCA